ACCCUUCCGAACCAUCAACAACCUCUCCUCUCCACCACCGUUUGUCAUCGUCUGCUCUGCCGUGUCGUGGUAGGGUCAUCUCACACAUCUCGCAACAAUGUUCACGAGACAGAUUGCGAGACGCUCGCUCGCGGCUGCUGCGAAGCGCACCUCCGUGCGUUCGCCAGCCGCUUUCAAUGUCACCCGCCAGAUUCAGCGCACAUAUGCUUCCGAGGGCAAGGCUACACCAACGGAAGUUUCCUCCAUCCUCGAACAGCGGAUCCGCGGCGUCGCUGAGGAGGCCAGCUUGGCCGAGACUGGCCGUGUCCUCUCUGUUGGUGACGGUAUCGCCCGUGUCCACGGCAUGAACAAUGUCCAGGCCGAGGAGCUUGUCGAGUUCGCAUCUGGUGUCAAGGGUAUGUGCAUGAACUUGGAAGCCGGCCAGGUUGGUGUUGUGCUCUUCGGUUCCGAUCGAUUGGUCAAGGAAGGCGAAACUGUCAAGCGUACUGGUCAGAUUGUCGAUGUGCCAGUUGGUGAGGCCAUGCUUGGCCGUGUCGUCGACGCCCUGGGCAACCCAAUUGACGGCAAGGGCCCAAUUAAGACCACCGAGCGCCGCCGUGCUCAGGUCAAGGCCCCAGGUAUCCUACCCCGUCGUUCCGUCAACCAGCCCGUGCAGACCGGUUUGAAAUCCGUCGAUGCCAUGGUUCCGAUCGGCCGUGGUCAGCGUGAGUUGAUCAUUGGUGAUCGUCAAACUGGCAAGACUGCCGUUGCCCUGGACGCCAUGUUGAACCAGAGGCGCUGGAACUCCGGCAACGACGAAUCCAAGAAGCUGUACUGCAUCUACGUCGCCGUCGGUCAGAAGCGUUCCACUGUUGCUCAGCUUGUCAAGACUCUUGAGGAAGCCGAUGCCAUGAAGUACGUCACCAUUGUUGCUGCCACUGCCUCCGAGGCCGCCCCUCUGCAGUACAUUGCUCCUUUCACCGGCUGCUCCAUGGGUGAGUGGUUCCGCGACAACGGCAAGCACGCUCUCAUCAUCUACGAUGACCUGUCCAAGCAGGCCGUUGCCUACCGUCAGAUGUCCCUGUUGCUCCGUCGUCCACCAGGUCGUGAGGCUUACCCUGGUGAUGUCUUCUACCUGCACUCCCGUCUGCUCGAGCGUGCUGCAAAGAUGAACGACAAGCACGGUGGUGGCUCCCUCACUGCGCUGCCAGUCAUUGAGACCCAGGGUGGUGAUGUGUCCGCCUACAUCCCAACCAACGUCAUUUCCAUCACGGAUGGUCAGAUCUUCUUGGAGGCCGAACUCUUCUACAAGGGUGUCCGCCCAGCCAUUAACGUCGGUCUUUCCGUGUCCCGUGUCGGUUCCGCUGCCCAGCUCAAGGCUAUGAAGCAAGUCGCUGGUUCGCUCAAGCUCUUCUUGGCCCAGUACCGUGAGGUUGCUGCCUUCGCCCAAUUCGGUUCUGAUCUUGAUGCUGCUACCAAGCAGACCCUCAACCGUGGUGAGCGUCUGACCGAACUUCUCAAGCAGAAGCAGUACAGCCCCAUGGCCGUUAACGAGAUGGUUCCCCUUAUCUUCGCUGGUGUCAACGGCUACCUCGACAACGUUCCUGUGAACAAGAUCAACCAGUGGGAGCAGGACUUCCUGGCCCACCUCAAGAGCAAUGAGAGCGACCUGCUUGCAACAAUUGAUAAGGAGGGUGCGCUGUCAAAGGAUCUUGAGCAGAGACUGAGGGAUGUGGUGAGCAGCUUCACCAAGAGCUUUACUUCGUAAAUGCUCUGAAUCCUUAGCUGGUUGAGGGGAUGGCCGAAAAAGUGAGUUUUCCUUGCACUGAAGAGAAACCGGAGGAGUAAACAGUAGCUGAUAGGCAGUAGAUGUAUAAUAUGAUUUUCUGCGUAUCUCUCUUACGAUAUCAAUCGCCCCACCGACGUGUACCUGUGCAACCGGAACUACGCUCUGAUUACAUGUUUCGAUAAAAUCCUGGGAGUAGUAGAGAGCAGAGAAAGGUGAAGGUUUCCAUGGCAAAAGGGAAGGGCAAAGGAAGAAAGAGCGUUAGAAAAAUUCUUCGGCGAUCUAUUUGUCUGUGUAGAUUUUCGAUGCGGGAAUUUCAAAUUUCAUUUGUCUCUCCAAGCCAUAAUGUGCGAAGACCUCUCGAACGCCUAACAGUUCGCUGUUAAAUUGUCUGGCCAACCAAUCCUCCACAUCCAGCUCUUGCCGCCGUGAUUCCUGCUCAAGUACGGUGGGACUUCAAGAUGUUUUAACAGGUCUAUUAUGGGACCCACAGGUUAAGGCUGUCAGCUAGAUCUUCUUUGUUCUUGACAUCCGUUGAGACCCGAUCAUCACCGUGUGCUGGCCCAUGAAGAGUGCUAUUAUACUCAGUAGUGGAUCUAAAUCACUGGCAGGACAAUGCCCAUGCUUCGAAA